GUAAAAAAUCCCAUUUAAUUAUUGAAAAGGGUAAAAAAUCCAAUUACACCCGAGCGGCAGCGGCGACACCCACGAAUCUCCGGCGGCGGUGUGGCGCGCGGCGACAUAGAUCCAACGCGAUCCAUAGCAGUCCAAACGGCGCGACGAACCUCCUUCACAAAUUCUCUCUGCAUCGCCAAUCGGACCACGAAUCCUCAACGGCGCGCGAACCACCAACAGCGAAUACCCACCACUUUUCUUCUCCGGCGUCUCACCAGGCGGCGCGACGACAUCCAGACCCUCGGGAAGCUAAUUACAUCUCUUUCUCUGAAGGAUGAGCUACCUUCUAAGGACCUUAACGAAGAAGAGAGAAGUUGAUUCCAUCAUUAGGGACACCAUUGAUAAAGUCCUCAUUCUCCGAUUUGGUCGGUGUUCCGAUUCAGUUUGUCUCCUCCUUGAUGAUAUUCUUGCUAAGUGCGCGCGAGAAGUGUCGAAGUUUGCUUCAAUAGCACUGGUGGAUAUUGAUUCAGAAGAAAUACAGGUUUACAUCAAGUACUUUGACAUUUCUCUUAUACCAUCCACUGUUUUCUUCUUCAAUGCUCAUCAUAUGAAGAUGGAUUCAGGGACUGCAGACCAUACAAAGUGGAUUGGUGCUUUUCACCAAAAGCAGGAUUUCAUUGAUGUUGUGGAGGCAAUAUUUAGGGGAGCAAUGAAAGGCAAGCUGAUUGUGAAUUGUCCAUUGCCUCCAGAGCGAAUUCCAAAAUACCAAUUAUUGUACAAGGAUCUGUAGCAGAUAAAUUGGCUGCCAUUUAAAGGCUUUACUGGAUUUGCUUUCCCCAUAUUUUAUUUCUAACAAGUUUCUUCAUGGUAUCAGUUGAUCUUGCUUUUUGGAAGUCGAAUUCUAGGUGAAUCUCAAUCAAGUCUGCCAUAAAUGAAGAAUGGCUGAGAUUCAAUAGAGUUUCGAUGAAGAAUGUCGCUCUAAUAUCUCCAUCUUUGCUACUUAUUUCGAGUAUUUCAACGUUGUUGGUGGAGCAUUUUUUCUCCAGCUACUGACAGAAAAUGGAAGAACAUGUGGUGAACUUCAGAUAAUUCAUUCAAGUUCAGUACUUGUUCCAAGUAUUAAGGGAAUAGUUCUUCAUUAGCUUAUUAGUAGUUUCAGCUUCUGUUUAUUUGUAUAACUAAUUUCUCUUGUAUUAAUUUGUUAGUGAGAGACAAAUCAUGUAUAAAUGCAGCUCCUUAUAUUUUGUAUAGCACAUCAACAAAAUAGAGGAUUAUUUUUCUUGAAUAUAAUUCAGCUUUCUCA